AUGGCCGAAGACAACGGCGGCUCCGGCCUCAGCUUGAAGGACAAGAUCAAGAAUCCGUUCCAUAACAUGAAGCAGAGCUUGGAGGAGUCUCUCGACAACAGCCAGCACCUGCGUGACGCCAAAAUCCAUCUGAGCCACAAGAAGCACCAGAUAGGAAAGUUUGCGAAUCUGUUCAACUCCCAACAUCGCCAUGACGAGGAACACGAGAAGCGCUGCGACGAAAAGCGCACCAAGGCGUGUGAGUCCCACCGCUUCGAAUCGUACUUCCCCGAACGCGACGGCAACCUGGUCAAGUGGUACGUCGACGGCCGCGACUACUUCUGGGCCGUGUCCGAGGCGCUCAACAACGCGCGCGAGACCAUCUACAUUGCCGACUGGUGGCUGUCGCCCGAGCUCUUUUUGCGGCGCCCGCCCUACUUCAACCAAGAGUGGCGCCUCGACCAGGUGCUCAAGCGGCGCGCCGAGGCGGGCGUCAAGAUUUACGUGAUUGUCUACCGCGAGGUCGAGGCCGCGCUGACCUGCAACUCGGAGCACACCAAGCACGCGCUGCAGGCGCUCUGCCCCGAGGGCACGCCGGGCUACGGCAACAUCCGCAUCAUGCGCCACCCGGACCACAACUUUUUCGAAAACGCGGCCGACAUGACCUUUUACUGGGCGCACCACGAGAAGUUCAUCGUCAUCGACUACGCCAUGGCCUUCUUUGGCGGGCUGGACAUGUGCUUUGGGCGCUGGGACAGCCACACGCAUGCGCUGGCGGACGUGCACCCCGACGGCGUGAUCAACGAGACGUGGCCGGGCCAGGACUUUAACAACAACCGUGUCAUGGACUUCCAGAACGUGCAGGACUGGAAGGAGAACGAGCUCAGCAAGACGGAGAACGGCCGCAUGCCGUGGCACGACGUGUCCAUGGGCAUCGUGGGCCCGUGCGUCUACGACAUUGCCGAGCACUUUGUGCUGCGCUGGAACUUUAUCAAGCGCGACAAGUACAAGCGCGACGAGCGCUUCGACUGGCUCAUGCUGCAGGGCCGCGAGGGCGACGACGAGGACCUCGUGGGCGUGCAGCGGCCCAGCCACCCGGUCGGCGACUACGUGCUGCACCCGACGAAGCCGCUCGCGUCGAUUCCGCAGCUCGCGCCCGACCAGGGCACGGUGCGCGCGCAGGUGGUGCGGUCCGCGGCCGACUGGUCCAACGGCACGCUGACGGAGCACUCGAUCCAGAACGCGUACAGCGAGAUCAUCCGCAACGCCGAGCACUACGUGUACAUUGAGAACCAGUUCUUUAUCACGGCGACGGGCGAGAACCAGUCGCCUGUGCACAACACGAUUGGCGCCGCCAUCGUGGACGCCGUCGUGCGCAACGCGGAGCGCGGCAAGAAGUUCAAGGUCAUUAUCCUGAUCCCGGCCGUGCCCGGGUUCGCGGGCGACCUGCGCGCCGACGCCGCCACGGGCACGCGCGCCAUCAUGAACUACCAGUACAAGAGCAUCUGCCGCGGGCCGGACUCCAUCUUUGAGCAGAUCCGCGCGCGCGGCGUGGACCCGACGAAGCACGUGUUCGUCUUCAACCUGCGCAGCUACGACCGGCUGGCCAAGACGGGCGCGAUCAAGAAGAUGGAGGCCGACUCGGGCGUGUCGUACCGCGACCUGCAGCGCGCCGAGGCCGAGGAAAUCAUGGGCGAGGGCAUCUACGGCACGGUCGACGUGGACGGCGGGCGCGACAAGCACAUGGGGCGGGCGCGCGAGCAGAAGAAGGCCGAGGAGACGAGCGACUUUUCCAGCGACAGCGUCAAGCCCGGCUACCUCGAGGCGGCCACGGACAAGAAGCGCCGGUUUGAGGCGGCGCACCCGAAUCGUGGAGAGGGCGGCGAGGGCGGCGUCAAGACGCAGGGCGCGGCCAAUCCGCGCUCCAAGGUCAAGCCGAGCGUGGCGCACCAUGCGAUGGCGGGCCAGGGCUCGCUGGUGGACGAGCCGUGGGACGACGACCCCAAGGACGAGGUGGAGAACUGGAUCCAGGAGGAGCUGUACAUCCACGCGAAGCUGCUGAUUGUGGACGACCGCUACGUGGUGUGCGGUAGCAGCAACCUCAACGACCGCAGCCAGCUGGGCACGCACGACAGCGAGCUGAGCGUCGUCAUGCAGGACACGCGCGUGCUGCCCUCGACCAUGGACGGCCAGCCGUACGAGGCCGGCUAUCACGCGGCCACGCUGCGGCGCUACCUGUGGCGGGAGCACCUGGGCCUGCUGCCGUCGCAGGACGUGGACGGCAGCGACGAUCCCAACGCGCAGCCGCCGUCGGCCGACGCGCCCAACGACGUGCACGACAAGAACGCCGACGGCACCGACGACGCGUCGUACGCGUUUGUCGCGGACCCGCUGAGCGACGCGCUGUGGACGCUGUGGACGGAGCAGGCCACGACCAACACGGAGACGUUCCGGCACCUGUUCCACGCGGACCCCGACGACCACGUGUUGACGUUCAAGGACUACGACCGCUUCAUGCCGUCCAAGGGCAUCGAGCCGGGCCACAUCUUUGACAUGUUCAUCCCGCCCGAGGACGUGCGCGAGAAGCUCAACAAGGUGCGCGGCCACCUGGUGUGGAUGCCGCUGGACUUUCUCAAGGACAGCCCGAUGGCCGAGACGGGGCUGCAGGUGAAUCAAUUUACGGAGAGUGUUUAUGCGUAG